UCUUCGCAGGGUUUGUUCGACAUAACCUCGAAUUUUGUUUAUUUUGAUUUCGCCGUCCGGGAGUGUUUUGAAAUGUCCAAAGAGCCUCAAAUUGGGGAGUUGAACAGCUCUGAACUGGGCACGAAGGAGUUCUGGGACAAGAGUUAUGAGCUGGAGAUUCAGAAUUACAAAUCGCACGGCGACGUGGGCGAGAUUUGGUUCGACGAGAGGAGCCAGACGCGCGUGGUCAACUGGAUCUUGAAAUCAGAGGAGAUCUCAGAGGAGGACAAGGUUCUGGACAUUGGCUGUGGAAAUGGCAUGAUUCUGGUGGAGUUGGCUGAGGAGGGAUUCAAGAAUCUCGUCGGAGUGGAUUAUUCUCAGCAAGCCAUCGAAUUGGCGAGAUCCAUCGCACAGGACAAGGAAAUAGUCAGCAUCAGGUAUCAAACAAUCGACAUCCUAUCGUCGGAAGCGGUGAAGGAGCUGGGAAACUUCCGGAUAGCUCACGACAAGGGAACAUUCGAUGCAAUCUGCCUCUGUCCUGAAGAUCCAGCUGCCAAGAGAGCCAUGUACCUCGAGAAUGUCUACAAUAUCGUGGAGGAGAAUGGAUUCUUCAUAAUCACAUCCUGCAAUUGGACUGAAGACGAAUUGAAGGCAUUCUUUGGUGAGAAAUUCCAGCUGAAGCACAUUUUGCCAACACCAACUUUCCAAUUCGGCGGACAAGUGGGAAAUGUCGUGACCACAAUCAUUUUCCAAAAGACGAAAUAAAUAUUUUUCUUGAGAC